AGCUAAUAUAGUAAAUAGUUGAUUUGGGGUAAAAAUGUAUGAUACCUGAUACAACAACUAAUAAUAGAAAAAAUAAAAUAACAUAGAAUGUUGUUGUUGUUUUAUUGUCUUUGGUUUUGCUGCGUUCUACUACUGACUUGGGUGGGCCUUCAUUCCUUGCCAAAUUUCGCCUAGCUUUAACCACCAUCUACACUAUUAAACACUAUUUACAAUAUUCCCACUAUUAUACUAUUAACUGGUUAUUAUCCCCAAAAAUAUCAACAACAUUAAAUAAAAUUAUAAACAGAACUAUAGAGGAAAAAUUAAAUAUUAAUGAUUAUACAUGUUAAUGUGUAGAAAAAUUAGGAUGGGGUGUAAGUGACAUUAUUUCUUGUUUUUUUAACCUUUUUAGUAGGUUUUAAUUUCGUUAAAUACAAAUCCGGCGAACUUAACGCGUCGUCAGAUCUAUCGUCCACAGAAGUUUUAACAUCACUAUUUUCAAGUUUAAUCUUUCUUUUAGAGCUUGAAGAUUUAAUCAUUUGUGUUGUGAAUAACUUGGUCAGCUUUGUUUUAAUUGACGUCGGGACUUUUGCGUAUAAAUUUUCCUCGUUUUUAAGUCGCAAACUUGCAAUAUUAUCGACUAACAUAUCCUUUGUUAUUCCCAUCCUUUUCAUAUACUCUACACAAUCUUCUAAACUUCCCAUCAUCAAUUUUUUCAUGGUCUAAAAACAUUUUAACGUAGUUAUGAUCUAUAUCGUGUUUACUAAGAGAAGCAAAAUAGUCAAUCGAGGGGAAAUUUUUAGUUUCAUAAUACGAUCAUAUUUGAACUAUAAAGUUGGGGGUGAUACAGUUUGAUAGAGAAUAUUUAGAAAACCGUCGAUGAUAAGGUUAUAUCCGUAGAGUGAAGUUUUAUUGCAUAGAUUGGUACUGAUUUCUUUUAAAAGUCGUCUAAAGAAUUUUAAUUGAUAUUUUUUACUUGUUUUUGUUUGUGGUUGAAAACUUUCCGAGCCAUUGCGGAAAUGAUAGUCUUUCCUUCAAAACACUUACACACUUAUUUAUCUAAUCCAUCAAUAACAUAAUUUUAACCAUAUUUAAUGCUAGAUAACUAUGUUAAUAGUGUAAAUUGGAGUAUGUAAAAAACCUCGAUUGAU